AUGGAGAUGUCAAAUGAUACAGAUCAAGGCCCAACCACUAGGAUUUUACCACAAUGUUACCCACGAGCUGGAGCUAGGAAACCCACCUUACAAACAGAAUUUGGAACAGUCACUUUUGGUGGAUCCACCAAACUACCCACUAUAGAUAAUUACACGCGUAAUGUUGACAGUAUAUCAUUCAAGUAUUCUUGUGUAUUCCUGUUUGUAUUUUUGGUGGAUCCACCAAGUAUUUCUAAAAUUCCAACUUUGGCUGCAGUAUAUUAUCCAGAAGAAGAUGCUACUGGUGUUAUUCCUACAAACAGAAUACUUGACAUCUCCUCCUGUGAGGUGAAUGCCAAAGUCACCAUUCGCUGGAGUAAAGACACGCUUCUACCUGCUCGUAUCAUUGCAUUGUCAGAUUCCAGACAGAAGCUUGAGGAGGCCAUUGACAAUUUUGAGCAGGACAUGGAUGAAAAUGAUUUAGAUACAUGCACAGCCUUAAAACAGGACAAAAAGGGAAUAAAGAAGAAGCGAACUGUAAAAAGCUUAAAAAUGGAUUCAAUGGAAGUCAAAGACAAGAAAAAGGCAAAAGUAUUACGGACCGUGCAGCACCCAAACAUUGCCAUUCCAUGUACUUCAAGAUCAGAGGACCAUCCAAGAUACCAACUGACAACAGAUCUCCAGGCUAAAAUCAACUCCUUACUCAACAACACCUCUUCUAGUGUUAUCAGUUCAGUGAAUUUUUACUCAAAGAGUGCUGUUAAUCCUGUCUUCAAAAAUUCUUCACUAAAAACUGUUGCCCAACCUCUAGAGGGAAUAACAGAUCCAACAGUCACUCGUGAAAAAACCUGCCUUGAGAAAUCACCAAUAAUACCCAGUGAGCCAUCUGUCGAACACCAUACAUCCUCAGAUUGCGCAACAAAUGUGGCCAUCUCGGAAGGAGCUUACACAGACAGUGUCAUUUUGUCAACCACCAUAGAGGACAUUCCGACUACUGUUUUGCAGGCUACACAAGAGGAAACUUGCCUCGGAAAUACUACAUCACAAGAUUUUAUGAACGGUACAAAAGCAGACCAGGAGACAUGUGCAGAAAUAGCCACACAGACUGCCUCUACAGAAAUUUCCACACACACAGCAAUGUUCGACAGAGCCACCAUAGACAAUUCCACACAGAUGGACUCUCCUGCAACAGCCUCUGCUGAGAUUGCCAUACAGACCGCCUGCAUAGAUACAGACUCUACAGAAGUUUCCACACAAACAGCGGUGUUCGACAGAGCCACCAUAGACAAUUUCACACAGAUGGACUCUCCUGCAACAGCCUCUGCUGAGAUUGCCAUACAGACAGCCUGCCUAGAUACAGCCUCAAAAGAAGUUUCCACACAAACAGCGGUGUUCGACAGAGCCACCAUAGACAAUUUCACACAGAUGGACUCUCCUACAACAGCCUCUGCUGAGAAUGCCAUACAGACAGCCUGCCUAGAUACAGCCUCAGCAGAAGUUUCCACACAAACAGCAGUGUUCAACAGAGCCACCAUAGACAAUUCCACACAGAUGGACUCUCCUACAACAGCCUCUGCUGAGAAUGCCAUACAGACAGCCUGCCUAGAUACAGCCUCAGCAGAAGUUUCCACACAAACGACAUGUAUGCAGAUACUUACCACAGCAGUUACUACUCAGACAGCCCUUCCAGACACAGCUUCUGCAGAAACUAGCACACAGGAUUUAUACUCUCAGAUGGAUGUCACAAAUAAUGCUACACAGACAUCUAGUCAAGAGACAAUCUCUGUAGAAAUUGCUUCACAGACAUCACCACAAACAGCCAAUGAAGACAUUGACAGAGAGACAACUCUACAGCAGACAACAUCUCUAGGAAUUUCCAUGCAAGGUGCCACUGAAGAAGAAACUUUUGCUACAAGCAGGUGUCAACUUUCAGCUCUUCAGAAAACUUUCUUGGGAAAUGUGAUUCAGUCACCCUCUCCUACAUUGACACUAUUAGAGGAUGUUACACAGCCAGAAUCAUCAACACCAGAUCCAGAUGUACAGAACACCAGUCUCCCUGUCCUGAACUUGUCAGAUUGCUUUCCAGAGUUGGAUGACCCAUAUGUGGAGAGACAGCAUCGCAUGAUGAGAAAUGUUGAAGACAAUCAUUCAGCUCUAAAACAACUUCAAAAAAGCAUGGAUGAAAUUAAAAAACUGCUGGAGAAAAUAGUAUCCCAUCCAGUGGAAGCAAAUCCCUCUCCAAGCCAACUCAUGCAACAGUCCAUAUCAACAGCUGCUUGGACCACCAUUUCGGGCAGAGAAAACAUCCCUGCUUGUAAAUCACCACCAAAGAAACCAGAGACAGCAGCAAAGGCAGUGCCAAGUUCCAUCUUUACUAAUAUGGACACAUUAAUCGCUAAGUCACCACAAUCAUCGGAACAAGCAGCAACACAGGCAUUGCCCACGUCUAUUUUCACAAGUAUAGAAACUCUUGCCACUUCAUCAGAUCCAAAUCAGAAAUCCAUAUCAGAGGCAACAAUUCAUGUAGCGAAAUCCAUCUUUAGAAGUGUCGAUUUCCUUGCUGCCAGUUCGUGUCAAACUUUGUCUGGUCUAGUACCAAGCGACAACUCAACUACCGAAAGUCAACCAGAAGUCCAACAUCAACCAGAAACUGUCGACACCUUGGAUUUUUUAGAGGUGCGUGGAGAUGAAAUUGUGGAAAGGAUGAGUCGUGAUGUUGAUGGCCCGGUGGAUGAAGUGGAUGAAGCAGACAAACAGCCUGAGAAUACCAUCAAUGACAGGUCUUUGGAUGUUGAUGACAGCCAGCAGGAGCAUGCCAGUACCUCACUUGAUGGUUCAAAAAUUAUUAUCUCAAAACCAGAUUUUUGGAAAAUGACUAUCAAGUCUGUGAUUUCAUGUGGAGCAAAACAUGUACAGGAUCAAGGCCACAUAUUGCCAGAGUAUGAGAAGAACAAUCCUGUGUUUUUGGAGUUGGUGGAGGACAUAAGGGGCCAAAAACAGGAACACCGACAGAAAUUCGCAACAUCACUUUUUCGUGCCAUGUGUACAGUGGAGGAUGUCUACAAGAAGAAUGUAAAUGGCCGAGUGUUCUGUGGAGGCAAUGUGGAAAAAGCAAAAGUGAAUCCUGUCAAAGUUAAGGAUAUCAAGGAAAUCUGUUUCAGAUGUUUUCCCUGUACACCUGCAGAGGAGGAGAAAGCCACCAGGGUGAUUGAGCGGACACUCAACAAGGUCAUAUGGAAAUUCAAUAAAUACCUAGCUGACCAUUUCGAUUUGACACCAAUUCUUUCAUGAACAUUUGGGAAACCUAUCUGACCAUUUUGAUUUGGCACCAAAUCUUACUUGAAAAUCUGAGACAUUAACAAUUGGAUUUUUCUAAACACUGUAUACACUGCUCUUGAGUAAUAAUAGAUAAGAAAUGUACCAAGUUUUCAUUAGAAAAUGACAGAAGAUAGAAAUAUAAUUUCUCUUUAUCAUAGAAUGUUAUCAGCAUAAUCAUGAAGCGAGAUAAAAAAAAUUAAU